AUGCCUCGAUCUGGACCGCCAUUCAGAGAACCGAUCACGUACUUUAGAUGGGACGCAAAAGAGUGGAUCAGGCUCCAUAGGACAGGAUGGAGUAUAGGCGAAAUGAACACAACAAUCGAUACACUCUGGCUCUUACAUGCAGCGAUUCGAAACUAUUACAUCGCUAGCCGAACUGCCGACCAGCGUCGACAACCUGGACUGCCAGCGCCAAAUCCGAUACCAGCACGACCUUAUACCCCAGCAGAUCUAAUUCAUGUACAGAAUCAUGGCCAGCUACCCCAACCUGCAGGCACAGCCCCAGCCCCAAUCCCAAUUGCAGCUUCUGUUUCGGUUCCAGCUCCAGUUCCGGUUCCCGCUCCUGCUGCCGGCCCAGCCCCAGCACCGCCUUUGGGAGGAGCAGCUCAUGAGCCAGUCGCACAAGGGGUAGAUGCGGGAACACAAGCAGCUCAGGUGAAUACGACAAAUUUCCUGUAUCAACCUAAUCACCGUUCUGUGAAUCAAGAAUUGCCGCCGAUGUUAAAUAUCGAUGACGGUGAAGAAAAAGGUGAAAAGGAAAGAGCAGCAGCGAAGAGGCGCAGGAUGCGUAGAUUCGAAGACGCCGGGUUAUGCGAUCCUGGAAGAGAGGGGCGAGAUUUGGAAUGGAGGUGCGCGAACAUACUUGGCCAAGGUACUACUGGAACUGUUACACUCUGGGUUGGCGUUGACGAGUCGAGAACCAUCGCAGAGAGGUUAGCAGUGAGAGAUGUUGCCGUUGAAUCACAGAAAUGGAUUGGGCCGAUCUUCUGGCGCGACAAGUUACCGAUGGAGCUUGCCAUCCUGACACGGCUCGAGAGACGCAAGGCACAUGAGCACCACGUGCAUAGGUACCACGGUCAUCGCAUCGACGUAAAGAAACGACGCUUUCGUGUUUUCAAUGAGGUUUGCGACAUGGGUGACAUCUGCCAGUCACUAGACUGGUAUUCGCGUCAGUGGAGACGAAGACGUAAUAUGUUUCGAUGGCAAAACUCUCAUCCUGAGAUCAGGAAUAUCUUGAGAGCACGUGGGGACAUACCGGCAUCAGGAAUAGUAGAUGUUGAUCAACAAGAACAAGACUUGAAAGCAGUGAAUGAUUGGGCUUGGUAUGCUUUCGGAAAGAAGCAGUUCCUGGAGGCGGGGAAGCCCGUACGUGCUGCCGUCCCUGGAGAACUGCCACUGCCAACCAACGUCCUUUUCGAAGAGUAUGAGAACAUGUCAGAGCUUGAAGAUUGGCACGGCGAUCCUCUCCCAGUAGAUUUACCAGAAGUCAUUCCAGAAUGGUUUCUCUGGAUAGUGUUUGACCAGCUUGUGGAUGCCUUCACUAUGUUGGGUUCGGGGCGCAUCAAUGAAGAAGACGAUGACGUCGACUGGAACGAGAUCGUGCAUCGCGACGGCCAUCUUGGGAACGUAUUCGUGAAACCAGCCAAUGGCGCUGUAGGCAAAGAGAUCAACAAAAAAGACGGGCAUCAAUACCGUCAGUUUGGCGCACACGAGGCUCCUUCUAUUGUCCUUGCAGACUUUGACCUCGCAUUCUUCGACUUACAGUCAGGAAAUGACGACUACGCCGACAAUCCUACGCAUUAUAUGAUGCGAAACCACCCUCUCGAUGCUAAGGAUGCUGGGGGAAGAUACGCUCCAGAGAUGUUUUGGUGCUACGAAGGUCACUACCUAGACGAAAGGACUUCCGAAAAGAUGACGGCCAGAACAGACGUCUGGCAAGUUGGACAGAUGAUGUGGAACCUGGUUAUGAAUUCACCCGGAAAAGAUGGGUUUGUUCAGGAGCCGUUCACCUACACGGUGUCUGAUGAAGGCGAAGGAAUUGAAAAGCUUUUGAACGACGGCUCCGAAUACGACAUCCAAAAACACAAAGACGACUUGUUUUCCGGCAAGACGCCCUUCGAGGCUUCUAAUAUGUAUAGCAAGACGCUCAAAGACACCAUCAUCCGGUGCAUGGACUACCGGCAACACAAGAGAGCUAGCUUUGCGGAUCUGAAACUCGUAACGAAGGAGUGGGCUGGGAAAGAACUUCCACCAGGCUCGAAAGCGAAUGGCGAUCUGAUCAUCUGCGUUUCAGAAGCUAUGGAAGAGAGCGUUUCGCCCGUCUCUGUCAGCAAGUACGGCACUUCUCUCGCGGUAAACAUGGCGUUAUCGAACUUGCUUUCGUCUCAGGAAUCGGCGAAGUCAAAUGCGCUCUUCGAAUGGAAAUUCCUCGUAUUCGCGGUAGUUCCACUUGUCAUAGCCUACUACCUACGGACCACCAAGGCCAAGACUUCCGAUCUCGCGCAAUAUUCUCACUUCCCACAACCUGAACCAGCAGAUCCUAUUCGGGGUCAUUGGGCAUGGGUUGAGAAGAUUGCGGGGGAAGGUGAUCCUCGACGCCAAUUCGAUGAGAUGCUGUAUGAACAGGCGGAAAAGCUUGGAUUCCCUCCAGUCCUUUUUGUCGACUUCCGCCCGAUCGAAAAGUUCCCAAUACUAUUUGUGCUGGACAACGAUGUUGCUGAGCAAGUCACCAAGCCGAACAAAGCCUUCAGGACUAGUAUGCCCAAGCACCCUGCUAUCCAGCAAUUAGCUCCUCUUGUUGGUGCAAGAUCUCUGGUCACCACUGAUGGAGAUGAAUGGAAUGUACUCUACAAGCGCAUACGCCCUGGCUUUCAACCCAGUCAUCUUCUUGGUCUAGUUGAUGUCAUCCUGGACAAAUCCGAGACCUUUAUCGAGCUCAUGGAACAGAAGGCCGCCUCCGGCGACACGUUCACACUCGGCCCAUACACGACAAAUUUAGUCUUUGACAUCAUCGGUAUUGUAACAUUCGACAUGGAUCUCAACGCGCAGAUUGAUGGAAAACAGUCCGAGGUCCUCCUAACCUACCGCGCCCUUUCUGAAGCGUUCAAUAAACGCCCAUUCGGAGGGGUAGGUUGGCGCGAUUACUUCUCUGCCAACGAACGCGAGAUCCGGUCAAAGGACAAGAAGCUUGAUAGCAUUCUCAAAGCCGAGAUCAGGAGACAGCACAAAGUUUUAGUGUCCGGCACCACCGAUACGAAGAUCAAGAACAAGAGUGUAGCGACUCUCAGCCUUCACGGUGUGGACAAGUUGACAUCUCAAAUCAUCCAGCAAACCAGCGAUACACUGCGCGGCUUCCUCUUCGCCGGUCACGACACUACUUCCAUCCUGCUCCAAUGGGCGUUCUACGAGCUACAUAUACAUCCAUCCGCUGCAAAGACCCUCAAGGAAGAGCUUGACUCUGUGUUCGGUCCAAACACUCACCCCUCUGCUGUCGUCAAGGCCUUACGAAGUUCGGAAGCUGGUGCUCUGCUGUAUAAGUUGGCUUACACAGACGCCGUAAUCAAGGAAACGCUACGCUUGCAUCCACCUGGCACAACUGCACGCAUGGCUCCAUCCUCAUCGAACACCAUGCUCACUCUUCCCGACGGAAACACACUCUGCGUCGACGGGCUGUGCGUCACACCGCGCGCGUACAUCAUCCAGCGUCAUCCCAAGACCUUCGGCGACACCCGCGACGACUUCAAUCCCGAGCGAUGGCUCGGUGAGGAAGGCAAGAAGAUUCCUGAAAGCAGUUUCAGGCCGUACGAACGCGGGCCUCGGCGAUGCACCGGGUCUGAACUGGCCAACCUAGAGACGAAGAUCAUCAUUGUAUGUGUAGCAAGGCACUUCGACUUCGUCAAGCAAGGGCUUGGUGAGCUGGAUUUGGACGACAAGGGUGAGGUGCAGGUUGAUGAGAAGGGUAAGGCGAAAACAAAGGGAACCAUGUUCUCGACACAUCAGGUUACUGCAAAGCCAGUUGAUGGUAUGGAGAUCAAG